AUGGGCAUGAGAGCUCCAGCCAUGUCAUUAUCUGAUGUUGUUCCUGAUAUGUUGGCCCGACUCCUUUUUCGGCCUCUAACAACGAUUUUAACAUUGCUCAUCUCAAUUAUAACGACAUUUACCAUCAGCGGAAGCGAAGAUUAUAUACCCAGAAGAGAAUAUACACGUACUAUAGUUUAUAAAAAACCUAUUACCGUUGAAAUGAGGUGUCCGCAAUGGAAGAAGGACAACCAAACAUAUUGGAUCUAUCGCAGAAAGAAACCCCCCAAUAUUAGAAUUUCGAGCGAUCAAAACGAAACAAUAACGCGACACUUUAACCAUUACUUUGAUGGUGCUUACGAGUGCAUACUGCGCGAAAAUGGGAAAGAAAUACCAGUAGCAACGUAUGAGUCAUAUUAUGCGGAUAGAGGACCUGGGAAAGAUAUGAUGAUGGAUAUGCUGAGCAUAAGUGUAACAUUAGUAGAAACAAGGCAAAGACAUUUGCAUUUGAGAUGGAACUUUUCAGUUGAUGCAUCUCGAAAUUAUACGUAUAAGAUAAAAAUUCUUCGGAACAAAUACACAGAACAUAAGUGGGAAGAGUCAAUAACGUUGGAUAUCGCUGACAAGGUUGGAUCGGAAAAACACUAUGUAGGAAAUGAGGAGGCGUUCUACCGCGUAGUCGCAGAUAUUCUACACCAUCAGUCAUAUGUCCCGGCGGAACAAAGGUUUUAUUUGGAGAUAGGUGUUUACCAGGAUCUUCAUAUGUCAGCCAUUAAUGAAGUUACUCUCAAAAACCUUCGGUACGAAGUGAUUGGAAAUAGAGUGGUGCUGCACUGGAGGACCUUAGGUCUUCGUAAAAAUGAGAAUAUCAUGUACUCAGUCCGGGUGUUGCCGGAGGAUGGUUCGCAAACUGUAUUCACGACGCUCAACAAUACCAUAGCAUUGGGAAAGAUGGGACGACCCUCAACGACUCACGUCACAGUAGAAGCGACAUCCGACGGUGCAGCACUGAGUCAUGCAAAAAUAGAAAUUGUCCUCAAAAAAGAAGCGCCACGUUUUUACCCCACAAGCUUAGAAGCAACUGUCAUCUCUCCAACGGAAAUCUACAUUGAUUUCGAGCCGCUAGCAAUGGAGGAAAUACCUGGAGAGGAUGCUGGAUGCACCGUUUAUGUGUGCAAGAGAAGAAUCGUUUCACCUCAGUGUUCCACCAAGCGAGUGCCACCCCGUGUGGGUGAAUCACUCUUUACUGAGCUUGAGCAAGGAGCAACAUUUUAUGCAACAGCUACUUGUUCUUCGGAUGGAGGAGAAGGGCCGGAAAGCCCUUGGAUCAUAUUCGAGGUACCACGAGUAAUCCCUAAAGAUCAAAAGACAGACAAGCCCAGUGGAAAGACUCGUCCAACUGUAGGUCUGUACCCAUGUGGACAGGAGAAAUCCUAA